AUGCGGCUCAACAGUGCAAGCGCCAAGGCACUGCUGAAGGUGCGCGAGGUGCGGCGGUUCGAGCUGCUCUGGAAGGACCGGGGCAUCGGCAAGGGCAUCUGCGACGGCGCCCUCUACCGUCCCCUACCCGACGAAGGUUAUUAUUCGCUGGGGGACGUGGCGCGCCCGUACCACGCCGACCAGCCAAAGCUCGAGGGUGAGCUGCCCGUGUUGGCCGUCGCCGAGAAGGACCCCCAGUUCCCGCACUUCUUGCGCAAGUUAUUCAUGCUUUGGAUAGCCCGUGGACUAUCGACUCAUGUGGAGCGAUGCCGGGACGAGGUGCAAGCAGUCGGUCUCCAUUUGGAUGCCGAUCCCUCCACCAGGAUCGCCACGCUCUCGGACAAGGUGGUGUGGAAGGAUCAGGGCUCGGGCGGCAACCUCGACGUCGCCCUCUACAACAUCGCGCCCGCCGAGCAAGACAAAGAGUACGCCCUGCUGCCCGGCUGCAUGGUGGCAGUUGGGCACUACGGCAAACCCACGAACGUGAUUCACUGUCUGGACAAGCGGUGCCUCAUGCCUGAAUCGGACGAACCCACGGCCGUGUCUGCAGCUUCAGCCGGGCCUUCCUUCCUCUCGCAGCAGCGGGCGCAGCUUACGAUCACCGAGAAGAUGAGCUGUCCCAAGUGCCAGGGCAAGGGCAGCUGGGGAGUGUUUGGUGGCUGUGACUCGUCGAGCGUGCACAUGCUGUGCACGUGUCCCAUGUGCUGCGGCAAGGGCGUCCUGCGGCCCGGGUCGGCCCUGUGCCAGCAGUGCGAGGGCAUGGGCGGCCUGUCGGCCUUUGGCAAGUGCGACAUCAGCUCCCUCCACUACCAGCCCUGCCAGUGCUCCGGCACCGGGCUUGCCCUCUAG